AUGUGCGUUCACGUAUUUGGAAACUCUCCAUCGCCAGCGGUGGCCACUUACGGCCUUCGUAGAAUAGCUCAGAAUGCAGCCGAAGUCCAUGGUGACGCAGUGUUUAACUUCGUAAAGAAUGACUUCUACGUAGACGAUGGUCUCACGUCACUAUCUUCAGAAGAUGAUGCAGUAGCUCUACUGACGAACACACAGAGAGCGCUUGAAGAAGAAGGCAGGCUGCGAUUCCACAAACUUGUAUCGAACAAUCCAAAGGUACUCGAACACUUUAAAGAGGAAGACCUAGCUAAGGCCUUGAAAACAGAAGAUUCACCAACCGAACGAAGCCUUGGACUGAGUUGGGAUCUGACCGAAGAUUGCUUUGUGUUUCAGUAUACGUUAGACAAGAAAAGCUGCUACACAAAGCGGAAUGUACUCUCAACUAUAAAUAGCCUGUUCGACCCGUUGGGCUUCUUAUCUCCAUUUACCAUUUGUGGAAAGAUACUACUUCGAGAUAUCACAAGUAAAGUAAACGACUGGGAUGAACCGAUACCCGAGCCAUUGCGAAAGAAGUGGUUGUCAUGGUUUGAAUCCCUGCAAGACCUUCAAACGCUACGAAUACCACGUACAUAUUUCCCACAGCACGUAAGAUUCAACCCUGAAAGUGAGCUACAUGUAUUCUGCGAUGCAUCAGAGAAAGCCAUAGCAUCGGUUGCGUUUCUCAAGACAGUUACAGAGGACGGUAACAUUCAUGUUGGUUACGCGUUCGGAAAAGCUAAAGUAGCGCCAAAACACGGACAUACCAUACCGAGGCUCGAGCUAUGCGCUGCAGUCCUCGCCGUUGAGAUAACAGAAGCUGUAUCUGAAGAGCUGUCGAUUUCCCCUAGUAAGAUCACAUACUAUACAGAUAGCAAAGUGGUUCUUGGAUAUCUAAACAACCGGACCCGAAGAUUUUACAUCUAUGUCGAAAACAGAGUGUCCAGAAUUUUGAGAUUUUCUAAACCUUCUCAGUGGCUAUACAUAGAAACAUCAAAUAACCCUGCAGAUGAAGGAACCCGUGGUAUGAAACCUUCGGAGUUAAAACAGUGUAUAUGGCUUUCUGGGGAACCAUUGUUGACCAUAUCCAAUGACAUCAGCGCCAACUACCAGUUACAGAAUCCAGAUGACGACGUUGAAGUUCGCCCCAUAGUCAAGAGCAUGAAAACAGACAUAAGACUUGGAGUCAGUCGGUUUGAGAAAUUCUUCAGCUGGAUAAGAUUGAUACUAGCAGUCGCAGUACUUAUUCGUUUUAUCAGACGCUUUAGGAAAGAAGCUUCUACCGCUGAUGAGAGUUCCAACGGUGAAGAGUCGAAGUCCAGAGCCAAGGAGUGUAUCAUUAAACAGAUACAGCAAGAAUCGUUCUCAAGAGAGAUUGGAUGUCUCACGAACAAGAAAACCUUACUGAAGGACAGUCAUGUUGUAAAACUGUCACCAUUCCUUGACGAACGUGGAAUACUUAGGGUAGGAGGGAGACUCAGGAAAUCCCAGUUAGCAGCUCGGGAAAAGAAUCCCAUACUAAUUCCUGGACGGUCCCACGUAGCUUCGUUAAUAGUACGCUUUUACCAUGAAGAAAUACACCAUCAAGGAAGACAUGUCACAGAAGGUGCAGUUAGAAGCGCAGGUUUCUGGAUCACCGGCGGAAAACGUAUGAUAGCAAAACUGAUCCACGCGUGUGUCACAUGUCGAAAGUUAAGAGGAAAACUUACUUACCAAAAGAUGGCCGACUUACCUGUCGAUCGACUUACUCCAGCCCCGCCAUUUACCUUUGUCGGAGUGGACGUAUUCGGUCCAUGGAGCAUCGUCACGCGGCGUACCAGAGGCGGCAAUUCCUCAUCCAAGCGAUGGGCAGUACUCUGUACGUGCCUAGCCGUGAGAGCAGUUCAUAUCGAAGUCAUAGACGAAAUGUCGUCGUCGGCCUUCAUCAAUGCUGUCCGACGAUUCUUAGCUAUUCGAGGAAAGGUCAAAGUAUUCCGAUCAGACAGAGGUACCAAUUUCGUCGGCGCUACAGACGAUUUGAGUAUAGACGCCAUCAACGUCGAAGACCGGAAUGUUAAGAACUUUCUUGACGAUACAGGUACCACUUGGUUGUUCAACCCACCUCACGCAUCGCAUUUCGGUGGGGUUUGGGAACGCAUGAUAGGCGUAACUCGACGUAUCCUAGACGCUAUUCUACUAGAAAACAAGCAUAAACACCUAACGCAUGACGUUCUUUGUACAUUCAUGGCCGAGGUUUGUGCCAUCGUUAACGCAAGGCCUAUUGUUCCCGUUUCUACAGACCCAGAUGAUCCAUUCAUUUUGUCGCCAUCAGUGCUGUUGACCCAGAAGACGGCUGAUAGUUCAGUCGAUACCUAUCAAGACUUAGGUGUCAAGGACAUGUAUAAGGCACAAUGGAAAUGUGUACAAGUUCUCGCCGAGACAUUCUGGAAAAAAUGGAGGCGCGACUAUUUGUCUGGUUUACAGUCGCGACAAGUGUGGCAAGAUCAAUCAGAAGAUAUCAAGGAAGGUGACUUAGUACUCUUAAGAGACAAAUCAGUAGUGAGAAAUGAGUGGCCAGUUGGACUGGUUGAAACUGUUUACGCGAGUGAUGACGGUCUCGUAAGAAAAGUAGCCGUUAAAGUAAUUAAAGACAAUAAACCUACCGCGUAUAUUCGUCCGAUAGUUGAGCUUGUAAAGCUCUUAGAGUAA